UAUUCGGCCCUAGGUUUCGGUGGUGCUCGCAGCUCGAGGAAACUAAAACCCUAAAAUUUCAAAAUCAAAUCCGAAGAAACGCACACGAAACCGCUUGAAAAACAGUAAUUCUCAUAUAUUUUCAUACGGAAAACUGCAGCGGAUGAAGUGCAAAAAGCCGAGAAGUGCAAAAAGUUUGCCGCAUUGAAAACUUUUUUAAUUAUUAUUUACGUUUUGUUUGUGUUUCGUCGAGCAAAUGCACAAAGUAACUGUCCAGUGUGUGUUAAAAGUGUUUGAGCAUCGUGAGUUUUGCAAAACGGUUUUUUCGACCAGUGAUUGAAGCCAAAUGUCACUGUGAAAAUGUCUCGACGAGCAAAUCACAACACAAAUUUUAGCAACAUCAAGAAAAACAUUCAACGACGACAAAACCGGCGAAUUCUACAAAAUGCGAAUCAAGCAACAGUUUUUGAACAUUUAACUAUCUAAAUAUUAAUACCAAAAUACCAUUAAAAUUAUAAUAAAAAUAAUUCACUUAAAAAAAUGAACUGAAACUAAAAACAUUUUCGAAAAACAACGCAAAAUUUCAAAAUUGGCAACAUAACUUUUGGUCCCAAAUCAAAUUCAACAAAAAUAUAUCUUCAAAAACGAUUUUUGGCAACGCUACGUGCAACAAAACAUCAAGUAAAAUAACAAAUACAAAUUUUUUCAAACGUCCACACGUGCAAAUGUUUUUCAACUAAGAAUAAAAUAUAAAUCAAUGUAAAUUUUUAAACCAAACAAAAGAACAAACCAAAACCGUCAGCAAAAACCAGCCCAAAAUCAGUUAGAAGGCCAAGGAAAAUCUUUUUAGAACAAACGCAAAAAACCGCAAAAAUUUAAGCCACCAAAUUGGUAAACUCUUCAAAAUUAUUGGUUCGGACAUACGCAAUACUAAACACAGCAACACAACAUCAACCGCAUCUACUACAGUGAUCACUACAGUAAAAGCAACCGCAACAGAAGCAGCAAAAAAAACGUGUGUGUUAGUUUGCAUAAAAAUUUCGUUUCGAUCAAAAGCAAAGCAAAAAUAUUUAACAAAAUAAAAAGUUACCAAUCGUAAUACAUGUAUUUAUAAAAUAAUAUACCUAUACAUAUAUCUAUGCUUACGAAUUAUAUCGGAAAAUAUUUGGUAAACAAUUUUUGAUAAACAAAUUGAGUAUAAACUUAAGUAAUAAGCAAGAAAACUGAAGAAAUCAAAAACGUUUGGCAAAAGUGCAAAAAGUGCAGUGAGAUAAAACAUAAAAGAACUGAUAAAUUCAAAAUUAACAUUUGUAAUUAGUUUUACAACUGAGGAUUCUGGAUUUGGAUUAAUACGAAAAUUUGCAAUUGGAUAUUAAGGUAACUAUGUUUUCUAUGAUCGACCAAGCGUUCAUUAUUCGGGGUCAAAGUUAUCAUGGCAUUCAUUUGUCGUGUUCGGAUUCGGAUUCAGAUUCAGUUUGAGAUUCGGUGCUCUCACAUACAAGUUUCUGGUUGAAUUUCUAUGCCAAGGCCAAUAAAAAACGGAUCGAAAGCAACGAAAGCAGCAACAGCGGAAAUCAUAAGAAAACCGAAACGAUUCGCCCGGAGUAACGAGAUAGUGACGAGAACGACACACAAGAAAUUAACUAAACAAUUGCAAAAUUCCCUUUGGCUAAGGAUUUGCAGCGGCCGAAUUGCUUUUAUGCUCUGCUGGCAGCUACAAAAUUCCACGAAAUUCCAUUUUGGCAACACCACGAAAUCAAACAACAACAACAAAUCAAUUUGCAGCACCACUCAACAAAAAGAAGAGCAGCAACAACUGAAAAUUAUUAGCAGAAAUCGUAAACAACUUUGUCGUCGUUCUGGCGCCAUUCGAAGCGGCACUUGGAUCCUGAAAGUUAGGCACACCGAUACGGAAACGGAAACGGACACCACGGAUACGGAUACGGCCACGGAUCGGGAUAAAGCUAUAGAUAUAGGCGCGGCGACGGUGGACGCAAAACUGCUGGCAAAAUGGAUCCACAGCAGCAGUUCUGCCUCAAGUGGAACAGUUAUUCGUCGAACUUGGCAAUAACAUUCUCUAAUCUGUUCAAAUCGGAUCUGCUGGCCGAUGUCACAUUAUCCUGCGAUGGCGCAGUAUUCAAAGCACACAAACUUAUAUUGGCGGCCUGCUCGAAGAAGUUCGCCGAUCUGUUCGAGAACACCCCCACAAAUGGCCAGUGCGUCAUCAUCCUGGAGGCGACCACGCCGGAUAACAUGGCCGCUCUCCUGGAGUUCAUGUACAAGGGCGAGGUCCACGUCUCCCAGGAGGCACUCAACAGUUUCCUCAAGUCAGCCGAGAGUUUGCAGGUCAAAGGCCUGUCCACCGAAACCGGGCGUCUGGCGGCGCAGCAGGCGCAACAACACAUGGGCGACUCCUCGCCACUGGACUCGCCGACGGGCAGGCGGAGCAUACGGAACAGUCUGAGCGGCGGGAGCAGCAGCAUCGUGGCCGGCGGCGCAGGGAUCGGCAUCGGUCUGGGCGGCGGAUCCGGGUCGGGAUCGAUACCGGGCGGCCUGGGCAUCGGCAACGGGCUGAGUCUCGCCGGGAUGGCCGCGGCCGGAGGAAUGGCGGCGGCUGCCAGUGUGGCGGCCAGCGGGCUGAGUGCCCUGGCGGCCAGUGCGAAUGCCCUGGACAGAUGCGGCAGUGCCGGUGGCAACAUCAUCGGCGGCACAGCGGCGGGCGGUGGAGGAGGUUCCCUGGGAGGGGGAGCGGGCAGUGGCGGAAACGGAGGCGGAGUGGGCGGAGGAGGAGUGGGAGUCGGCGGUAAUGGAGUCGGCAGCGGGGGCAACAACGGACCCAUCAGCCUGGGAAGCGGCGCUGGCGCUGCUCACCACCUGGGCGGAUCCACCGGCAGCCUGAAGCAGGAGUGCGACUCGCUGAUGCACCCCGGCAGCAGCAGCUGCUCCUCCGGCAUGGGCUACGUGCCACCCAUCUACCGACCCAGCUCCUACGAGCCGCUCCGCAAGCGACCGCUCCGCAGUCCCUAUCCCGAGCAGGAGCUGCGCGGCUCCGUGCUGCGCGACGGCUCCAAGUCCUCCGAGUGCCCCAGCCCCAUCAACAAGCCGCCGUACCACCGCCCCUCCUCCAGCGCCUCCUCGACGGCGCCCACCGAGGCGGACACCAUGCACUCCGAGCGCGCAUCGCCACAGUCCAGUCGCUACGAGAACCACAGUCCCAGCACCACAGCGGGAAAUGGAAACGCCACUAGUGGCCUGGACCGCAUAGUGAAAUCGGAGCGCAACAAUGGCAGUGCCAACGAGGCGAACGACGACGACCGCGAGCUUAUGGAUGAGUCGACAGAUAAUGGAGCUGAGGAUCUGCGCGUGAAGCUGGAGAACUUGAAGUACUCGCCGCCACCGCCGCCGAACUCGAACACCUCGUCGACCACGCCGAAUGCCCUGCUGGAGAAUUUAAAGGCGGACGGAACGCUCUCGAGCAAUCUGGCCGCCUCGAUUGCCCCGGCGGACAUGUUGAACGUGUGGAACGCCACCAAGAUGAACAACAAGAACAGCGUGAACACCGCCGACGGCAAGAAGCUGAAGUGUCUGUACUGCGAUCGCUUGUACGGCUACGAGACGAACCUGCGGGCGCACAUCAGGCAGCGCCAUCAGGGCAUCCGGGUGCCGUGCCCCUUCUGCGAGCGCACCUUCACGCGGAACAACACGGUGCGGCGCCACAUCGCCCGGGAGCACAAGCAGGAGAUCGGACUGGCGGCGGGGGCAACCAUUGCCCCAGCGCAUGUGGCAGCAGCGGCGGCGGCAGCGGCGGCCAACAAUCAUUCACCAUAGGAAGCGGCCGCAACAGCAGCGGCGUCAGUAGUCAUCAAUGCCACCAAGGAGGCGGCCAAGCAGCGCAAACGUAAAUCACUCAAGAUGGCACUCGAGAAGUGCAUGCAGCGGCAGAGUGCGAUGGUGGCGGAGGCCACCGUUAGCACCACCGGAGGGGGAGGAGAAGAGGGGGAAGGAGAGGGGAAGGCAGGAGCAGGAACAGGAGCAGGAGGAGAAUCAGGAGGGGCAGGAGCGGAGGAACGGCAGAGGGAGGCGGCAGGUUCGGUGGGCAACGAACCGAUUGCCUUUGAGCAUCGCCAGCGGAUGCAUCACGAGCUGACGCAACAGAUCCGCGCAGCCAUGGCGGCGGAGCAGGCGGCCAGGGAGAUGGACUCGACGAUGAACACCACAGCGACGACGACAACCAAUACCACGACCACCACCACCACCACGACGAACACCACCGGCGGCACCACCAGCGACGGGUGCAGCGAUGCGGAGGCCAGCGAUGGCAGCGACCGGCCCAUGGAGGUGGACGAGGAGGAGGAGGAGGAGGAGAUGCAGCCGCCGGAACCGCAGCCGGGCUCGGAGCUGCUCGUGGUGGAGCCGAAGAUCGAGGUGCUGUCGGAGUCGGAGGACGAGGAGGAGGACCGACUGCACAUGUCCGAACCGGAUGCGGAUAUCCAGGCCGAGGCCAUCUACGAUCACAUGCCGAACACGCCCACCAGCCCCCCACACAUAAUACCGCCCAACGAGCCGCCCACUCUGACCUCCACGCCCAAGGUCAAUGUGGAGCAAUAGGAUGAGGAGAACCAGAAGGAGGAGGAGUACGAGAAGGAGAUUAAGAGGAGAUGCCCCAUAAGAUGCCCCCCAAAGAAGCUGCUUAAAUUUAGGCUAAGAAUCGAUGAAAGCGAAGGAUGAGUGAUUUACAAAACAAGAUUUACGCGCGCGCAAGAAAGAUAUAGAAAGCUAUAGAUGAUGAUGACUACUGAUGCAACUGCUGUUGCCCUCGGAGACCAACAAGCAUGAAAAUAAGACCCACAACUAACUGGGUCUAUUGAUAACCAUAUAAUACCUAAAAAGCAAGGAAUUACUACGAUGAUACGAUAAGAUUUACCACACGAAGAAGACACAACAGACACUAGAUGUCCAACUUUUUGCAGAAUUUUCAUUACAAAUUUGUGUUUAACGCCACUCUCCACCAACAAAUCAAUCAAACAAAGAAACCAAGUCAAUGCAGCAAGCACAAACUAUAAGAAACUCAAACAUUAGCAGCAAACAGAACAUAGAAACAAAUGCAAUCCGGCUGAAAAAUCGUUUUCAGGGUGCUAAUCAAACAAGAACACUCGCAACCAAUGCAAUGAAAAACAAAUUAAAACUUAAACUAAACUAAACGAAAUAGUAAAUGCAAAAAGUUUGAACGUUUUUGAUUGGUACCGCCUAAAAAGUGUAGCAAGCAUAGCAAAAAGAAAAAAAGCAAAACAAAAACAAAUUUGUUUAUUCGUGUGUGUUAAAAAAAGUAAAGGAGGAGAUCGAUGAUUAGAUUAUUGUCGCAUAUAUUUUUGAUUUCCUAUAGAAACGUCACAAGAACUGCAAGUUGCCUCAAAUCAAACGAAACGAUAAUGCUAAAAUGAAAGUAAACUGAAAACUGAAAACUGAAUUUAACAAAACGUGAAAUACUAAAAGUAAAAACACUGCAAAACAAAUAGCUGCAACAAACAAACUACAAAGCAACAAUAGCAACAACAAAACCGCAACCACAAGUACCUGCAAUAAUAAAAUAGUAUAAACAAAAGAAACAAAAUACAGAAUAGAAGAGAAACGCUGAGUAAAAACUAAGGAGGAGCCAGGACUCCAGGAUCCUUGACCAUCCAAUUUGGAAAGUGGGUCCUCGCUUCCCCGAACUUCUGCCCUUUUGUCCGGUUUUUUUGUAAAUAAUUUUAUUAAAUUAACAAUACGAAUAGGCAACUUGGGCAGAGAGUGGGGAAGGUGAUGAGUCCCCCUUUCCAAGGAUUCAAGGAUUCCAGGAUCUGCGCUCAACAAUUUGCUUUAACCAAGUAACAUUUUUGUUUUGUGAUUUCUCGUAUUGUUUUAUGAUUUAUUCCCACAAGUUUAGGCCUCAAAAUUCAAUACAACUGCUUUUCGGCUACAAAAACGUAAAAACACAAAUUCAAUUCCGAAUUCAGAAGUUUCUAAUGAAGAAAAAAAACAAUUGGUAAAUUGGGUGCCUAUAAGAAAUAUAUAAUUAAAUGACUACUAGUAAAAUUUUAUAAAAAACAAAAAGAAAAGUAUAUUUAAAGAUGUGAGAGAAAAGCAAAUAGCAAAGAAAACGUAAAGUAAAUAUAAUUAUUUUUUAAUUGAAUAAUUCUAGCCAAGUGUGAAACAUGUUAAUUAACAAACGAAAAUAUUAAGCAAAAACCACUCAAAAACGUUCUCAAAAACUUGAAGGCAACAACAAAAAGCAACAACAAGCAAACAGCAAUAAUUACAGAAAAGAAAGCGAAAUUCAAAAUCAAACUUUUGGCACACCUUUGGAAAACAUUUUUCGAACAGAAGAAAAUUCAACAAAAAUCCAACCAACAAAAAUUCAAAAUUCAUUUUUUCGGCUCUUAUAAUUUCGAUGGCUACAUCAACUGGGGGAAUCCCCAUGCGAUAGAAAACCAAACCCCGCAAAAAAAAGCUGUAAAAUACUAAACGAAAGAGUAACAAUUUUGUUGUAAGCAAAAGAGAAGAAACUAGAAUGGAAACCUAAGGAAAAUGCAAUGGAAAAUAUUGAGAAAAUGUCUGCCAGCAUGCGAAGGGCAGAGCCAAGGCAAAAAAAAACGAAUCCUUGGACUGUAAAUACAAUAAUUAUUACCGCAUAUAUAUCCAUAGCAUAUAUAUGCGCGGCCUCAGUUGUAUAAUGAUAAAGCCUAGAUCUAAUAUAUAUAUAUAUAAAUACCUGUAAACAUAAACCACUAAGCGCAUAUGUAGGAACACAUUAGGCUCGCCAACAGAGAGAAGAAGGGUUUUAUUUGAUUAGAAGCUAACUGAAUUUCAAUUGUGAAACACUGUCUUCAUUUUAACGUUUUCCGUUAGCAAGGCAAUAGAGGAAAUCCGAUGAAAGCCACAAAGGGUGAUCCAGAAUCCAUAGAAUCCAUAGAAAAUAGCCAAAAUGUUGAAUAUUGAACUACUUUUAUUAACUGUUGACCCCACAAUACACACCCGCACACACACGAGACACAAAGCCGAGUUAAAAUAGGUCUUUUUACCCAUAGAAGAUGCAGAUUACCAAUUACCAAUGUCACCCCGACCCCCAGUUUGUUCUGUGAUAUAUCGUUUUGAAGUUGCAAACGAGAAAAGCGUUUAUUUUUUUCGUUUAGUUCUUUUCCGUUUUAUCAAUUAUUUGUCCUGAUCAAGAGACGACAACUCGAAUUUUAUUUACCAUUCGUGUUGAGCAGGAAAACCACAAUCAGAUUCUGAAACAGAAACAGAAAAGCAGCAGCAAGACAACCGCAAAAGCAAUAGCAAUAUUAAACCAUUAAAGUCUGGCAAUAUUUAAAACCAAACUACCUCUUCGCACCCAUACAGUUUAACCCUCGGUUGCCGAUCCUUUUUUUCUGGCUCCCCGUCAACGUUCGCUGGAGUCUGAAUUACAUUUUAUUUUUAAGUACGAUGACGGGGACCAGAUUCGGGGAUCCGGGCCGGGGCAAGCCAUCAGUCAGUAAUUCAAUCCGUCAGUCAGUGAAUCAAUCAAACAAUAUACUAUUUAGUAACCAGGGGUUAUUACGAAUAACCAUACUUUAAUCAUUAACUUUACGUUUAGUUUACGCCACCUUAGUUGUUAGUUUCGGUAUUCGUUUCGUCUUACAAUUAGAGUCUAAUCAAACUCAGGAACUCAUAUACCUCAGGAAAGAACCUACCUCCUUGUGUUUUUAAUCUUGUUUGAACUAUUUUUAUUACUACUAUUAUUAUUAUUAUUACGAUUAUAAUUUUUGGUUUCGCAUGGGACAAACAAACAAACAAACGAAAGGACGCGAGAGGAGAAACACAAAAUGUUUUGUUGUAAUCGAAGAUGCUAUCAAGGAAAGCUUUAGUUCUUAGUUCGAUUAUCGGUUAGUUAGUGGCUAGCAAUUAUGUUUAGUGAGGACUAAUUUUAAAUGUAAAAGACACAAUCACACAUGAACACACAACGCAACGCAACACAAUAGCAAUAAUAUUGGGAUACCAAGACCAGAUCGAACUGCAAUAGUAAACUGAACUACCUCAAUUAGCCAUAGACUGCGCAGUAACGAGAUGAGCAUGAUAUAACUAUAAAUUUCCCAGUUCCCACUUGAUUUUCUUCUUUUUGUAAAAUGGUGACACAUACAGAAGCACUCGAACCCACACACUGAACAACCUUUGGUAUUUGAGAAGGGAUAGAUCGGUUGAAAACCCCCUUACAGUUUUUCUUUAACGAACGUUUUCAUGUAAAUAUGCGCUGAACACACAGAGCCCACGAAAUUCA